AUGGCAGAGACCGCAGGUGAGCAGCAGCAGCAACAGGUGCUUCAGAAAGUGAAGACAGAGGAGUGGGGGGGAAAGCUAGCACUGAGCAAUGGACAGGUGGACGGAGGGGAGGCUGCGGGGGCUGUGGAGGAACCUGAAGUUGGGAGGUCUGGUGGACAUGUGAGAGUAGACCCUAGUUCAGCAGGAGGCACAGGGGGAAUAGAAGAGGUUGUAAACCCCAAUGGGAUGGAAGGUGUAGAAAAGAAAGAUGAAGCUGCGAACCCCAAUGUUGAAAGGAGUGCAAGAGGGAAUGACGAAGCUGUGACCCCCACUGUGGAGGAAGGUGCGGGAGAUAAAGAGGUAGUUGGAAACCCUAAUGUGGCAGAGGGUGCAGGAGAUAAAGUAGAAGAUGUGAACCCCAAUGUGGCAGACGGUGCAGGAGAUAAAGUAGAAGAUGUGAACCCCAAUGUGGAGGAGGGUGCAGGAGAGAAAGUAGAAGCUGUAAGCCCCAAUGUGGAGGAGGGUGCAGGAGAGAAACAGGAGGCUGUGAACCCUAAUGUGGAAGAGGGUGCAGGAGAGAAACAGGAGGCUGUGAACCCUAAUGUGGAGGAGGGUGCAGGAGAGAAACAGGAGGCUGUGAGCCCCAAUGUGGAGGAGGGUGCAAGAGAGAAACAGGAGGCUGUGAACCCUAAUGUCGAGGAGAGUGCAGAAGAGAAAAUAGAAGCUGUGAACCCUAAUGUGGAGGAGGGUGCAGGAGAGAAACAGGAGGCUGUGAACCCUAAUGUGGAGGAGGGUGCAGGAGAGAAACAGGAGGCUGUGAACCCUAAUGUGGAGGAGGGUGCAGGAGAGAAACAGGAGGCUGUGAACCCCAAUGUGGAGGAGGGUGCAGGAGAGAAACAGGAGGCUGUGAACCCUAAUGUGGAGGAGGGUGCAAGAGAGAAACAGGAGGCUGUGAACCCUAAUGUGGAGGAGGGUGCAGGAGAGAAACAGGAGGCUGUGAACCCUAAUGUGGAGGAGGGUGCAGGAGAGAAACAGGAGGCUGUGAACCCUAAUGUCGAGGAGAGUGCAGGAGAGAAAGUAGAAGCUGUGAACCCUAAUGUGGAGGAGAGUGCAGGAGAGAAACAGGAGGCUGUGAGCCCCAAUGUGGAGGAGGGUGCAGGAGAGAAACAGGAGGCUGUGAGCCCCAAUGUGGAGGAGGGUGCAGGAGAGAAACAGGAGGCUGUGAGCCCCAAUGUGGAGGAGAGUGCAGGAGAGAAACAGGAGGCUGUGGGCAACAAUGUGGAGGAGGGUGCAGGAGAUAAACAGGAGGCUGUGAACCCUAAUGUCGAGGAGAGUGCAGGAGAGAAAGUAGAAGCUGUGAACCCCAAUGUGGAGGAGGGUGCAGGAGAGAAACAGGGGGCCGUGAACCCUAAUGUGGAGGAGGGUGCAGGAGAGAAAGAGGAAGCUGUGAGCCCCAAUGUUGAAGAGAGUGUAGGAGGGAAAGAGGAAAUUGUGAGCCCCAAUGUGGAAGAGAGUGCAGGAGGGAAAGAGGAAGUUGUGAGUCUCAAUGUUGAAGAGAGUGCAGGAGGGAAAGAGGAAGUUGUGAGUCUCAAUGUUGAAGAGAGUGCAGGAGGGAAAGAGGAAGUUGUGAGCCCCAAUGUGGAAGAGAGUACAGGAGGGAAAGAGGAAGUUGUGAGCCCUAUUGUGGAGGAAGGUGCAGGAAAGACAGAGGAGGUUGCAAACCCCAAUGUCGUAGAGGGUUCAGGGGAGAAAUAUGAGGCUGAGAACACCAAUGUGCAAAAGAAUGCAGGAGAGAAGGGUGAGACUGAGAACUCUAAUUUAGAAGCUUUGAACCCAGAAACACAACCAGGUGACAAAGAAGAGGCUGGGGAACCUUUAAUAAAAGAGGGGGCAGGAGAAAAGGCUGAGAAUUUGAGAAUGGAAGAGGAUACGGGAAAGAGCCAGGAACUGAUUAGUUCUGCACAAGAUCUGGAGACACUAGUAGUAUCUCCGGAUAGAGAAACCACUCAACAUGGUGACCAACCUCAGGUCCCCACAGAACCUACACUUAGUGCCACACAGCAUGAAAUAGAUGAGGGUGAUGCCAGCAUAGACAAGGAUGAGCAGAAAGGUGGAAAAGAUACCAGUAGUGAGAGCAGUGAAGGAAAUUCCAGUAGUGAUGAGGAGGAGGAAGAAAAGGAGGAAAAGAAUGCUGAUGGUAGCAAAGCUGGAAAUGAAGCUGCUGAGGAAGGACAGAAGGGUGAAGGAGCUUCAGGACAGGUAGAUUCUGAAGCUAAAGAACAAGUAGACAGUAUUGCUGGAGCAAACAUAGAGCCAGGGAGUAACAUUACAGAUCAGGUGGAGGAAUGGGCUGCUACACCCAUAGAUUCAGGGAGCAGUCCUGCAGAAGAAGCAUCUUCUGAGAUAACAGAUCUUAAAGUGCAAGAGGAACCAAAAAAAGCUUUAGAAGAUGAAGUCUCACAAGGUGAACAUGUUGACAGAGAUGUGACAAGUCAAGUACCAAGUGAAAAGAUAACUGAAGAAAAGUCUGAAGUGCAUGUGACAGAGGUUCCUCAGGAGGGUUCACCCAGAAAAGUACAUACAGAAGAAGAACACCUAUCAAAGGAGAACAUUAUAACAGAAAGCAAUGCAAACCUUGAAGAGACAACUGAGACUGUGCCUGGUGAUGAUUCUGCCAUGGUUGAGAGCACUCCAACAGAGGAGGAAACCAAGAAUGUGGGUUCUGAAGUCAUUGCUGAUGUAGGAAAGAAAGGUAUAAUCAGAGAAAAUGGUAUGACCCAAAUGAUCAAUGCGGACACCCUUGUACAGGACAACGAGGUCUCUCAGGAACAUGACAUAUGCUUGUUUGUCAAGGCUGGAAGUGAUGGGGAAACUAUCGGGAACUGCCCGUUUUCUCAGCGUUUAUUUAUGAUCCUCUGGCUGAAGGGCAUCGUAUUUAGUGUCACCACGGUGGAUUUGAAGAGGAAACCUGCCGACCUACAUAACCUGGCACCCGGAACAAACCCGCCGUUCAUGACAUUUGAUGGGGAGGUGAAAACCGAUGUGAAUAAAAUUGAAGAAUUCUUGGAGGAAAAAUUAACAGUGCCAAAGUAUCCAAAGCUAGCCCCCAAACACCCAGAAUCCAACUCAGCCGGAAAUGAUGUGUUUGCUAAAUUUUCAGCCUUCAUAAAAAAUCCCCGGAAAGAUCUAAAUGAAACUUUAGAGAAAAACCUGCUGAGAUCCUUAAAAAAGCUGAAUGACUUUUUAAAUUCCCCACUGCCUGAUGAGAUCGAUGCCUAUUCCACGGAGGAGAUUGUCGCCUCCAACAGGACAUUUUUGGAUGGGAAUGACCUCACACUGGCAGAUUGUAACCUGUUACCAAAACUCCACAUUAUAAAGGUUGUUUGCAAAAAAUUCAGGAAUUUUGAAAUCCCGGCAGAAAUGACUGGAAUCUGGAGAUACCUCAAGAAUGCAUACACCAGGGAUGAAUUCAUCAAUACCUGUCCGGCAGACAAUGAGAUUGAAUUUGCAUAUUAUGGUGUUGCCAAAAGAAUGAAUAUAUAAAAGAAUAUUCCUUCAAAUAUUCCAUAUGCAGUAUUGGUUCAA